GGUGGCGCAGCAGCUGAAAAAGUCUUCUUCAUAGCACUGCUCACGUUCUCUCUUUCUUUCUCUCUUAUAUAUAUAUAAGGCCUUUAUUAAUGUGGCGGCUUCAUGUGUAAUCUAGCAAACUACUAGUAGUAGUUAGUUUCCUUCCACAAUGGGCAAAGCCUCUAGUUCUUCCUCCUCCUCUAUCUCCAGCUGCAGAAACCCUUCCAAUUCAACUGCAUCCUCUCUCACACACCAACAUAGUCAAGACCACCUUCGCACAGAUCUUAGGCUUGGACUAAGCCUUUCCGCUACUCAACAUGUUGGCUCUUCUAGUUCAGGGGGACACUGGCAACCGAUGCAGCCACAUCUAAUAAGUAGUUUUUCACAAGCUACUGAAGUGAAUGAUUGCAGCGAUCAUACCAGCUUCUUUGUGAAGGUGUACAUGGAAGGCAUUCCGAUUGGUAGAAAACUCAACUUGUUAGCUCAUGAUGGUUAUCACGAGUUAGUAAAGACUCUUGAACAGAUGUUUGACACUACCAUUCUGUGGGGGACUGAAAUGGAUGGAGUGCAACCAGAGAGAUGUCAUGUUCUAACUUAUGAAGAUGGAGAAGGAGAUUUGAUUAUGGUUGGGGAUGUCCCUUGGGAGAUGUUCUUAUCAGCUGUAAAGAGGUUGAAGAUCACAAGGGUGGAGGCAUUCGGGUGAUAAAUGCAUACAUAUGAAGAAGCUUUGCCUCUCCUGUGACUUCAAAUUUAGUCCUAUAGAGUGAGAGUCAAUAUUAGUGAUUACUGAUCAUGAAUCAAAGUGAUGUAUGUAUAUUCUUAGAGUAUGUUUGGAUAUUGGUAAGGGAUGAGAUCAUGAGAGCUAGCAAAAUCAAAGGGAAAAAAGGGAAGGAAAUGGAAGAAAAAAAAUGAAGGAUUAAAUAAUGUUUUUUCUCCCUUUAUUUGGAUAUUUAAAACUUUUCAAAUCUUCUAAAAUUAGGAGAUUUUGAAAUAAAAGUGCAUGGAAGUUCAUA